AUGGUGGUGACGCAUCAUUUCGCUCUGCUUCUUCUUGUCGUCGUCGUGAUCGGGAUCUUCUCCUCCUCUUCUCAGGUUAACGCAACAAGUGACAUCAAUGUCAGGAUCGAAUCAUUCUCUUCGACGUUCGUUACGGAACUUGCAACGCUGCAAACGCAAAUUGGCUACAAGUUUACAAACAUCAACCUUCUUCGCCGUGCAAUGACUCAUGCUUCCUUCUCUCAAGAGAACAACAAAGCGCUGAGCAUCUUUGGAACCCAUAUCAUUGAAACCUCCGUCUCUCUCCAGUUACUUGCUAAAGAUGUUGAUGUCUCCUCCAAAGCUCUCACCCGUUUGAUAGCUGAGGUUUCGAAUGUGAAUUCCUCAUGUGCUCUUGACGGAAACCGGUUGGGUUUGGAGAGGAUCAUCAGGGUUUCUCCCAAGACAGAGGCAUCAAACUCGGCCAUCGUUUGUGUUGCCUUUAGGGCAAUCUUUGGAGCUAUUGCUACUGAUACUGGAAUGGUUGAUGGCGCCGUUAAGGUUUUCGUAAAGGUACAUGGAGAUCGCUUUGGAAGACUUGUGUCUAUGUUGUAG